UGUUCCAAGAAGAAAAAAACAAAGUUCCCAAAUAUAUAUACUCUCUUCUGAUGAGAGCCAGAGAAGGAUGUGGCAAGGACUUCAGAUUUAGACUGAAUCUUGCUUCCAACUACAUACAAGCUACUGUCCUUUGAAUUUGCAGGAUGCCUCUUACCAACAGCAGUUCAUCUGAUUUAAUUCCCCAGCCCUUGAGGGAGCCCCAGGUGAUGAUUUCCAUAGCCAUCUUCAGCUUCACUUUCUUGUUGGGGCUGCCAGGCAAUGGGUUGGUAUUUUGGGUGAUUGGAUUCAAGAUGAAGCGUACAGUGAAUACAAUAUGGUUCCUCCAUCUCACCGUGGCUGACCUCUUCUGUUGCCUCUCUGUGCCCUUCUCCCUCAUUCACUUAGUCCUCCAAGGACACUGGCCCUAUGGCUGGCUCUUAUGCAAGCUCAUCCCUUCCAUCAUCAUCCUCAAUAUGUUUGCCAGUGUCUUCCUGCUUACGGCCAUCAGUCUUGACCGUUGUGUUUUAGUGCUGCAGCCAGUAUGGUGCCAGAAUCAUCGCACUGUGAAGAUGGCCUUCAGCUUCUGUGCAGGGAUCUGGGUCCUGGCUUUUGCAAUGUGCACACCUGUGUUUUUGUACCGGGAAACCUUUACUGAGAACAACUGUACUGUGUGUGCCUACAACUUUGAGGAGAACAAUCCCCCAGAUUAUAUUUACUUUAGUCCUAGCCUAGUAGAAGAAGGCUCACUCAAGAACUCCUCUGUGUCUGAGUUGGCUGGCAAGAUGGAAGGUACCUUAUAUCCCUCAUCUUCCAGGAGGGAUGAUUCUCCUUGGCUUUCUACCACCCCUGAUACACCUGGAACUUCUGGUGUUUUCUUCCAUACUAAAGUCGGCAGAGGUCAUUCUGGAGAUACACUAGGCACUGUGAGUUCAGUUAACUUAAAUAAUCAUCAUUCCUUUCCUGAUUUAUCAGAACUGCCAAAGAAACUUCAUGAUAAAUCACCUACAAUUUCUCCUGUUUUACCCGAGUUUACCAACAAUGAUUCCAGUACUGAUACACCGAGAAAUUCUGAUGUCCUAGCCUAUGACAGUGCAGGAGCUUUACCCUGGACUUCUAACAAUCCUUUAGAUAUCCCUGAAGUGACUGAAGAUUUCUUGGAUUUUAUUUAUGAAUAUGAUUUCAAUGAGAACCAACUGUCAACAACCUUGGUGGCCAUCACAGUCACAAGACUGGUGAUAGGUUUCCUUCUGCCCUUCGCCAUCAUGAUGGUCUGUUACACCCUCAUCAUUUUUCGUCUAAACAGAAGUCACUUUGCUAAAUCUAGGAGCAAAACCCUGAAAGUGGCUGUAGUGGUAGUCAUCACCUUUUUUGUCUGCUGGACUCCAUAUCAUAUUAUUGGGGUUCUGUCACUGAUAGCAUCUCCAUAUAGCCCACUUGGAAAGGCAGUGAUAGCACUGGACAACCUCUCCAUUGCACUGGCAUCUGCCAAUAGCUGCCUUAAUCCCCUGCUCUAUGCUUUCAUGGGAAAAGAUUUUAGGCAAAAAGCACAGCAGUCCAUACAGGGCAUUCUGGAGGCUGCUUUCAGUGAAGAUCCCAUGCAUUCUUCUAGUUGUCCCCAGAACAAAACCUCCCUGACUCAAGACGUUGUCAGCACGGCUGUGUGAGAAGAUGGGAUCAGUGGAACGAUACAACCCCAAUAAGGCUAUGUCCUAGGAUAUGUUUUCAAGUAGAAGAUAUCAUGGUGACUAGAAGAUUUGGAAUAGAAUUGGUUGGGGGAACCAUGAGAAGUCAUUUCAGAUAAUAGGAGCACAUAGAAGUUAGUUUAGUUUUUUAUUUUUAAUAAUAACCUUUUCUUUUCAAAAUACAUGGAAAGAUAGUUUUCAAC